CUUGUGUCAGCACAUGCGCAGUAGAGCACCGAAAGUAUCGCUGAUCGGAGAGAACGAGGCGCAGAUGAACGGCUCGAUCGACUGCAUGAGACGCGAUGAGACAUGGAUGAAGCAUUGGAUUUUUGAUGCAACCCAAGCUUCAUGAGAUGAAAUUUACAUGUCUAAUUUCUAUGGACUACAAAGUCAUUUUUUCUUUUUAAAAAUGUGAGCCGGCGGUUCAACAUUUGAACUCUUCCUGGCAUGAAUCAAAAGCUUUGGUCUCACAAAUCUACUAGUAAUACAGAGGCCUUAAGGCCAGUGAACGGGAUUAGACAUGACGGAUGAGCUGAACAGGGCGUCAGCUGAACCGGAGACGACGAAACCGGAAGAGACUGUGCCGGCUGAGGCAGACGUUGUGACUGUCGUUUUGGAUAAUGUAGGGGGGAACAGCGCGCCUGGAAAGGUGACGGUCGAGUCGCCGCCUGAUUGGCUGAAGCCAAUGGAGGAGGAUGAGGAUGAUGGUGGUGAGGGUGUCAAGAGUAGUGAACGGAUUGCCAGGAAGACCAUGGAUGAUGUUCCGAAAGUAAAACGACGCAGAGGUCGGCCUCCGAUUGCCAGAAAUGUUAGACAUGGACUUACUCGUGUAGAUUUCAAGAGAGGAUUGCAUGCAGAUCGCCCUAAACCUAAGACUGUUCGUUCUAUACUGGAAAGAACGCGUUCAAGUGUCAUGCCAGGAACUGCCACUCCCGUCCCAGAACCAACCCGCACACCUGAGGUUUUACCCCGAACAACUCAGAGCAUCUUUCGCAACCUGACAUCGACAUCCCAAAGACCCCGACUCAUCCCCAUCUCAUCUGGAGGGGGCAGCAGCCUCUCCAGGACCCACAGCAACGAAUUUCACAGCCCUCCGCGCGUCACGAGGGUCUCGCCGCUCAGUAUCGACACAUCCGUGACACGGAAUUUUGUUCACUCUCCGGUUGUGAAAGUAGGUAAUGUUUCUGAGCAGGCCGUUUCCGCUACUGGAUCUGGGAAAAAUGGCAGUGAGCCGCCUCUUCGACUCUGGCUUUGUCCGUCUCUGGAGCCCAUUAGCCCUACAAAAACUCAGGAUACGUUCUCAGAUCAGACUGUAAGUUCACCGAAUUAUUCGGAGACGGCGCUUAAUGGAACAGUAACCCCAAAGGAAAGUCUUCCUCUGCUCAGAAAACCUGCAGAAGCCAUGAGUUGUUUGUCUUUCUCCAGUGAAUGUGGAAGUUGUGGCUGCCCAUUUCCUGCUCAGAAGAUUGGAGACACAAUGUGCUACAGAUGUAGGCCUAAACCAGAGAAGAAGCACUCUCCUCCUAAUAUUGUGUUUAGGAAGGUGGGACAGGAUCAGUGGGAGGUUGGGAAAAUAAAACAUCCAAGAAAACAAAUACUGAAACAACAUCCCAAAUACAAGAAAAUCCUAAAAGAGGAUUUUGUCCCUGAUGGUGAUGACGAUGAGGAUGAUUGGGCUGCAAAGAAGCGCAAUCGCAGGAUGUGCCGGCAGUGUGUCGCGUGUCUUCGUGAAGACGACUGUGGCAAAUGCGAUUUCUGCAUGGACAAGCCCAAGUUUGGUGGCAGUAACAAGAAAAGGCAGAAAUGUCGCUUACGGCAGUGCAAGUUCCAGUCAAAGCUUCAUGGUCAAAGAACAAAUGGAAUGCGAAGUCCAUCGCUUCCACGAAGAAGAAGAAAUGUAAAGCCCAAGCUCAAGAGGCGCGGGAGACCACCGAGAAAACGGAAAUUCAGAAGCAACCCCUGGGAGGAUGAUGACGAAGUGUCUGAUAAGGAUGCUGAUGAUGAUGAAGAUGACUUGAGGCAUUAUAAGAUGAAUGGCAGGAAGGGAGGAAAAAGGAAAUGGAAUUACACUUUCAAGGAAGAUGAAGAAGACAUGUUUGUCGAGGCCGUGAUUGACGACGAUGAACCGUCCAACACAGAGGAGGAUCCUGAUAUUUUGGGCAGCGAGAGGUCAGUGAUGGUGUCUAAUGAGAUGUACUCAAACACCUCUGGACUCAGUGCUCAGGGAUUAUACUACAACAUGUCAGGCAUGCCGGCGGCGCCUCAUGUUCUUGGAUCAGUACCUCUGUGUAACAGCAAUCCGGUGCCGACGGGUGAGCUCGUCGGCUCUCUGCCGAUGGGAGAUGAUGCGACUCAGAACGGUUUUCUUCAGAUUGAGAUGGUGAGAGUGGGAUCACCUCUGUCACAUUACACAGAAGAACCUCAGAACACAGAACAACACAUGCCAGAACCUCAACAGGAGCCCACACCGGUGAUCACUCAGAUCUUCAGUCUGGCGGGAGGAGAGAACGACUGCGACCGAGACCAAGGUCUGAUGGAGCUGUUCACUUCCCUGGGCCAGACGGUGCUGCCCGCUCACUGGGUGGGCGUCAUGGCCAAAGGCCCCGUCCUCCAGCUCCUGCAGUGCUCCAAACUCUCCACCAUGGCCGACACGGUGGUCCAGAUCGAGAAGGGCUUCUUCUACCAGGUCAGCGUUCAGAACCAGCCUCUCCUGCUCAUGCACGCCCUCUACUCGCGCCACCCCACCUGCCUCGAGACGGUCGGCGACGUAGUGUCGCUCUUGCUGGACUUGGAGGGGUUGGGCGUGUGUCAGGGAUACCAGAACUUCGACGCGGGUUCUCCGUGGGAGCCCAGAAUGAGCGUGAGAGCGGCUCUGUGCGAUUUACUCGUUCCCAAGGAUGAGGAACAGUGUCCGAAGUGCACACAGCCUGUGGAGGGUUGAGCAACCGUGCGAGAAUUUACUGUACGUCUAUAAGUAGAGAAUCUUCCACCAGUUUUUAAGCUUAUAGUGCAGUCCUGUUUCCGACCUCACGAUGAAUUGACAUCUAAAAUGGUGCUUCUUCUUUUCUUUUCUUAUUUUUAAGUUAGUGACACAACCUUCAAAAAAGGACUCACAAAACACUGAGUUUCACCAAAAUCCCUUCUUUUCGUUGCUCUCCAGUUGGGAUUAGGACAUUAAAUACUUUCAGUUCUCAUUUAAACUACCUCUUCAUCAUUUUAUGGACCAAUUUUAACCUUAAACCUCCAAUGGUGCCCUUACUGAUUCAGACGUUUGGUGAACAAGUUUAUUGUAGUACAAUAAAGAGCAUUAAAGCUUGUUUCCGCCAUAGGAUAAAAAAUACAAAAGGUAAUUGUGACUUUUUAUCUCACAAUUCUAACUCAAUUCAAUUCUGAAUUUACACACAGUUAAAGUCAAAAGUUAACACACACCUUGCAGAAUCUGCAAAAUGUUAAUUAUUUAACCAAAAUAAGAGGCGUCAUACAAAAUGCAUGUUUUGUAUUUAGUACUGACCUGAAUAUGAUAUUUCACAUAAAAGACAUUAAAAUAUAGUCCACAAGAGAAAA